CCCUGGGCUGUCCACGAGUUGCUGUCAGAAGGCUGCACAGUCCAAGAUGGGCUCCUCGCGGGCACCCCAGAUGGGGCGUGUGGGAGGGCAAGGAAUGAUGGCAUUGCUGCUGGCUGGUCUCCUCCUGCCAGGGACCUUGGCUAAGAGCAUCGGGACCUUCUCAGACCCCUGCAAGGACGUGCGUAUCACCUCCCCCAAUGACCCCUGUCUCAUUGGGAAGAGUGGUUCCAGUAGCUUCAGUGGCCACAGUGGCUCCAGCAGCUCCAGCAGUUCCAUUUCCGGUUCCAGUGGCUCCAGUGGCAGCUCUGGUGGUGGCCCCAGUGGUUCUGGUGUCUCCAGUGGUGGCUCCAGCGGAUCCAGUGUCGCCCAGGGUGGUUCUUCAGGAUCUUCGUUAUUUAAACCAGGAACAGGGUAUUCCCAGAUCAGCUACUCCUCAGGAUCCAGCUCCUCCCAGUCAGGAAGCAGCUCCUCCCAAUCAGGAAGCAGCAGCAGCUCCUCCCAGUCGGGAAGCGGCAGUUCCCAGCCAGGGUCUGGCUCAGCUCUACCAAUCAGUGGUGAUUCUUCCCGCUUACUAAUAAGCUCUUCCCAGUCUGGAGAAGGCUCAAGCUCAUCUGUUUCCCAAACUUCCUGGAUAUCCAGCAGCGGUGGCCAAAGAGUCAACUCUAACUUACGCCCUUGUAGUUCAGAUGUCUCGGACUCUCCCUGCAGUGGGGGGCCCAUUGUCUCACACUCAGGCUCCUACAUCUCCAGCUCCCACUCCGUGUCAGGGGGUCAAAGGCCAGUGGUGGUGGUGGUGGAGCAGCAUGGCUCUGGUGGCCCUGGAUUGGCUCAAGUUUCCCCCUGUAGCAGUGGUGGCCUUCCAGGCAAGCCCUGCCCCCCUAUCACCUCUGUAGACAAAUCCUAUGGCAGCUAUGAGGUGGUGGGUGGCUCCUCUGACAGUUAUCUGGUCCCAGGCAUGACGUACAGUGGGGGCAAAAUCUACCCUGUGGGCUACUUCACCAAAGAUAAUCCUGUCAAAGGCUCUCCAGGGGUCCCCUCCUUUGCAGCUGGGCCCCCCAUCUCUGAGGGCAAAUACUUCUCCAGCAAUCCCAUCAUCCCCAGCCACAGCUCUUCUAGUUCCAACAUCUACCCAUCAGGAGCUUCCUCGGCUAUUGUGUUCCAGCCAGUGGGCUCUGGUGGGGUUCAGCCUUGUGGUGUUGGCUCUAAGGGGCCCUGCUCCCUCUCCAGUUCUGGAGUCCACAGCAGUUCUAGCGUUUCCAGCAGUUCAUCCUUCCAUCCCUGUGGCGGUGUUUCACAGGGGCCCUGCUCCCCACCAGGCACUGGCUCCUUUAGUGGCAGCUCCAGCUCCCAAUCCAGUGGCAAAAUCAUCCUUCAGCCCUGUGGCAGCAAGUCCAGCUCUUCUGGUCACCCUUGCAUUUCUGUCUCCUCCUCAACAUUGAGUGGGGGUCCCGAUGGUUCUCCCCAACCUGAUCCUUCAGCUGGUGCCAAGCCCUGUGGCUCCGGCAGCUCUGGAAAGAUCCCCUGCCGAUCCAUCCGGGACAUCCUAGCCCAAGUGAAGCCUCUGGGACCCCAGCUAACUGACCCUGAAGUUUUCUUACCCCAAGGAGAGGUACUUGACAGUCCAUAAGUCGUCCUUUGCAUAUGUGCAUGUGUGGGCAUACACGUAUAUACACACACACCAUCUCUCAGUUGGGAGAAGUCCAGGGGCCCAGGCAUUGGGUUAGCUCAGUUUCCCUCCUCCUUCCCAAGAGAGCUGUUCUAUUUCCUCCAUUGCUCCAAUAUGAUAGAGGCCCCUUAUCACCUCUUUUUUCUUCAUCUUCCCAAAUUGUAGACUCCAAAUCCAUUUCCUCAUUCUCUCCUACUGUUUAGAUUCCCCUUGUACUAUAGUGCCCUCCCUGCCAGAUAACCACUCCCUAAAAUUUCCUCUGUCAUUUCUUUCAGAUAAUACAAUCCAUUAGCUAAUCCUACCAUUCAGAUUUUUGCCUGGGAAACCCCUGAAAUGUCUCAGAGUAACUCUGGUUCCUGAAUAAGUCAUGCCCACUCUCCUUAUUUGCAAAUAAAGCAUAGUAAGUACAAACUGUUACCUGAAAGCAAUGACCACUUUUCACUGACCUCCCUUUGCCAUCUGGUCAACCAACAUGCCAUGUCAUGGGGUUCUCACACUCCCAAUUCCACUGUCACCCUCUGCUAUAGAGCUCAUCACACCUUCUGUGAGUUCCCAAUGCUCCUUGACUCUCUAGAUCUCCGUCUUAGACCCCCUUCCUGCCUGCAAUUUCCCUCAAUGCUCAGAUGCUUCCCUGUGUGAAGGAGACACCAGGACAUGCUCGGAGACUGAAGUAGGCUUCCUGCUCUCUCUGGACCCUGGACAGAUGGCUCAAUAAACUGUGUGAACUAGAUGCAGACUUUUGCCUUCUUGGAGUCCUUUAGGCCCUCAUAGGGCCUGAGGAAUGCACUCCUAUGCUUCUAGAGAUCCCCGUGUCCCCCAUUUUCACUCAUAAGUUGGACCAGUAUUUCUCGUAUACUUUAUAGCUCCUCCCACAAAGGAGGAAAACAAUAAAUAUUUGUUGAACUGAAAGCAGAGGGUGGUCUCCAAAGUCCUUCCUCCCUUUUCUUUCCUCUCUCACUGCUCCAGGAAAUCCAUUCUCUUUCCACUCCCCAUUCACCCUGGGGUCUUCCCCUCUCCCUAUAUGGGGCCCUAAUUAUUCUUCAUCCCCCCUCCAUGUAGACUCCUUCUUUCCACCAUUAUUUUGCCUCACUUACUAAAUGCCAUCCUUUCUGGGAGUCUGAGCAUUGGUUUCCGGGUUUCUGGGGGCACUGGGGACCUUGGGAAAGCUAGAAUACAACAACAAGACCAGAUUCCUGGUGACUGAGUGUGAGCCCAGGUGGGCGUUAUUCUGGGAGCUGGAGGUGGAGAGAGUAAAAGACAGAGAGGAGGGGAGCAUGACAGGGAGCACAGCCAAGCAUGGUGACUCACUAGCCUACAUAAAAAUGCCCCAGCCCAUGGUAGAACAGAGUCAAGUGUCCUCUCCACCUCCACACUCUUGCUGCCUCUGCUGAAGUUCUAGAGUAAGACCUAUGGGGGGUGAGAAGUCAGAGAACUAUAGUGGAAAAUGGGAGUGGCCUCUUUGGGAGAAGAGAGAGAAAGCAGAGGGUGGUGAGGGCCAGACAACUGUGUUUUGGAGACUGGGGCAGCAGGUGAGGGUUGGGGGGGGGGGAAGAGGGAGGAGGCUGAGGCCAAGGAAGUUCUUAUAACCCAAGGAAGGGAUAGUAGGCUAUGCUUGUCCCUUUAGAAAGGGCCUCACCACAAAGCACAAGCCACCUCUUGGAACCUCUACUUGACUACAAAGGAAUUUUUCCUAACCCUAGGAUCUAAUUCAUUCCCUCCUAUUGGAUAGUGUUAGCUGGUCCCAAAUUUAGGACUAUUAUUGAAAUUCCAAGUCCCAAUCAGCAGAAAUGUGUUGCAUUGAUUAGAAAUGACCUGGGGCAGCUGAGCCACCUGCAGGGUUGGCUGAAGACAGAGAAGGGCUGCAGAAUAGUCCUGUUUCUUUCAUCACUGGUGAGUCACACUUGGCCUGGCAUCUAGCCCUGGACUGCAGCCAAUGAAAGGCAUCAAGGCCCUUAGAGGCUCCAUGCACCACAACUGAAGGAUGGGUACAGACUCUGAUGUGAGGAUUCCUCUAGUCUCUGGUGUGGUCAAGGUCAAGGGCUUUUGCAAAUCUGCUGGAUGUCACUCAAAAAGGACACUGCCCCCCACUGGCCAGUUCUGAGGAGGAGCUCCCAUUCAUCAGGGGUUGGGGAUGAGGAUGGAAAAGGAAAAUCUAACAGCUUAUUUUAGACUUCAUGUAACCAGGGAAGUCUAGUCUAGGUGCUCCUGGAAGCAACAGAGAAAAUGAAGGCAUUUAAACACUUUUUAUUGUAAAAUUUUCAACAUAUUUAAGAGUAGACAAAAGAAUUAAUGAAACCCUAUGCUUGUACCACCCAGCUUCAGUUAUCAAUUCAUGGCCAUUUGACAACAUUUAAACAUCCUCCUGUACUGUUAGUUGGGAAUAUCUACUCCCUUUCAGUAUUUCUUAUAUUCUGUGGACCUAUUUGACCAUCUGUGGUAGGCAGAAUGGUGUCCUUCCCAGCACCACCAAAGAUACCCACAUCAUCUCCAGAACCUGUGAGUAUAUAUGUUAGGUUACAUAGUGAAGGGAAAUUAAGGUUGCAGACAUAAUUAAGGUUUUUAGCUGACCUUAGAGAGAUUAUCCUGGAUUAUUUGGGUGGGUCAAUGUGUAAUCAUAAGCGUCCUUAAAUGUGGAAGGGGGAAGAAGAAAAGGUCAGAGUGAUGCAAUGUAAGAAGAUCCUGUUGUUUUGGCUUUGAACAUGGAGGAAGGGGACCAUAAGAAUGCAGGUGGCCUCUAGAAGCUGGAAAAUGCAAAGAAAUGGAUUCUCCCCUAGAGCCUCUAGAAAGGAACACAGCCCUGGUGACUCCUUGAUUUUAACCCAGUGUGAACUAUGUCAGCCUUCUGAUUUUCAAAAUUGUAAGAUAAUAAAUUUGUAUUGUUGUAAAGC